CUUCCUUCCUUUUCUGCUGCGGGCUGACGGGACUUCUUAAAGUAUCGAACGGCCGCCCGUCUGGAUGAUACCACCAGAGACGGGGGGGGGAGGAAAUAUAGGCUUCCAAGACUCAUCAUCAUGGGCUGGUACAUUCCACCGCUACCCUAGGCGUGGCCCCUCCUACCCGUCCUCCGGCUCUAUGACGUUCACGUCCCACGCCGCAGUUGUUGUAUUCGGUCUUCCUUGUUAAGCUGACGAUAGACGGGAGGCGGGAGCAAGAGGGUACUGCGUUUGUACAUGCGCAGUGGAGACCGUGGACAGUGACAGGCACCGCGGGAAGGCCUUAGGGCCGGGGCCAUGGCAGAGCCCAAGAAGGUGUCAACUGAUGGCGGCGGCCAUGAAGAAAAAGGGGCCGCGGCUACGGCUGCCCCUGCUCCCGGCUUGGAGACGCUGAGUGCGGCCGAGUACUCUCGGCGCGUACACCAAUGGCUCUGGGACUCGUACUGCGGGUACCUGAGCUGGCAGACCAGCUGCCUGGCCGCGCUCAUGGCGGGCGCUGCGACGUUCUUAGACCAUAUGGACACGGACAAAUCAGAAUGGGAUAUAGAAGAUGAUAAUUGCAUUAGUAACAGAUUUGCCUGCCUAGAUCGUUUCAAGUUGUACUCCUGCCUUACUGUAUCUGGUGUGGUACUGUUAACUAUAGUGUCAUCUUGUAUGCUGUUGGACAUGUGUAAAGCUGAGCAUUUGUCCACUACAUGUUUUCAAGUUGUUUAUUGUGCAUUAAAAUGUAUUAUAUUAAAUUAUUAUUUUUUUAACAUAGGUCGUGAAUAUAUUAUCCCAUCCUUGGCUCACAGGUUCAUAGCAGAGAUGGUGGAUUUCUUUAUUCUUUUCUUUAUCAAGGCAACCAUAGUUUUGAGUAUUAUGCACCUCAGUGGAAUAAAGGAUAUCUCCAAGUUUGCCAUGCACUACAUUAUAGAAGAAAUAGAUGAAGAUACUUCCAUGGAAGACUUGCAAAAAAUGGUGAUAGUGGCCCUUAUCUACAGAUUGCUAGUCUGCUUUUACGAGAUUAUAUGUAUUUGGGGUGCAGGUGGAGCAACCCCUGGGAAAUUUCUUCUUGGCCUUCGUGUUGUAACAUGUGAUACAUCUGUACUUAUUGCACCAAGUCGUGUGUUAGUAAUCCCAUCCUCUAAUGUGAGCAUGACAACAUCUACAAUACGAGCUUUGAUCAAGAAUUUUUCUAUCGCUUCCUUCUUUCCUGCAUUCAUCACCCUGCUGUUUUUCCAGCACAACCGAACUGCCUAUGAUAUUGUAGCAGGGACAAUUGUGGUAAAAAGGAACAGUAUCAGAUGAUACCCAAGGAAACCUUGAUUCUGCUUUUCAGACAUGCUGAUUAUACCUUGUUGGAUUUCUGAAUAUCACUCCAGAAGACUGCCAGUGAUGUUAAGCAUAUAUAUUUUCUUCCAACAGUACUAUGUAACCAUUGGUGAAAAACAGCAUUGGUUUAAUUUGAGAGUAUUUUGAAUUGAGCAUGAAAACUAGUUAUCUUUGAAAUACACUUAGCGUUUUAAAUAAGAGUGUUGCUAGUGUGAGAGAAAUGCUGAUUCUACAGUUUUGAUUUUAAAUUAGAUUUUAAUUUUUAGGAAGAUCUAAACUUGACAUUACUGGAGGUAGCCAAAGGCAUUACUGUGUUUGUGAAAGAAAACUAUAUUGCAAAGAAUUAUAUAUUCCAUUUUUGGUGGACAGAGAAGAGUUUGCCACUUUAUGAAAGCUUUAUCAUGGAUUGCUUACACAAGCAUUGUAUUAUUUUAACACUAGAAGCUCUGUAAACAUUGUGUAAAAUGUCUUGCAUGAGGGGGAUAUCUUGCACAUAGUACUAUGGAAUACGUCAGAUAAUAUCAUGGAAGACAAUAUAGCUAAUAGCUUAAACAGGUAAAUAUUGAAAGCUCUGACAGUACAACUGCAGUUGAGAUAAAUUACAUUUAAUUAUUUUCAUAGAAAUUUAAGAGCUUCGUGUAAAAGCACAGAAAACUUAAAACUAAUGCAAAAAUCUCUAUUUUAGUUUCAGAUGUAUUUAAUGAGAGCCAAAAUAAGCCUGUUAUAAUUAGAGAUAAGCUUAUAUAUAGUAUUUUGCGCCACUUUGUAACAAAAUGGAUUUUUUAAAAACAGUCUUUCUGUUGGUAAAGCAAUACAGGGAAUUGUGCAACAUGUAGGAAAAACAAAUAGGUACAUUUAACCCAUUGUGUGCCUACCUAACUGAAGUUAUUGAAUAAAACAUAUUUUGCAUGA